CGGCGGCUCGUGCUUGGACCGGGCUCUGGAUCCUGCUCGGCCCCAGGAUCCCGCUCAGCCGGCUGUUCCCGGCCAGCUGCGGCGCGCCCCAGCACCCCGCGUUCCCCGUACCCGCACUCGGCCCCUCAGAGGAGAGGCCAUGCCGCCGCGGCGCAGCAUCGUGGAGGUGAAGGUGCUGGACGUGCAGAAGCGGCGGGUGCCCAACAAGCAUUAUGUCUACAUCAUCCGUGUCACGUGGUCCAGCGGCUCCACGGAGGCCAUUUAUCGGCGCUACAGCAAAUUCUUUGAUCUCCAGAUGCAGAUGUUGGACAAAUUUCCCAUGGAAGGAGGACAGAAGGACCCCAAACAGCGGAUCAUUCCCUUUCUUCCAGGCAAAAUCCUCUUCCGACGGAGCCAUAUUCGGGACGUGGCUGUCAAACGCCUGAUACCAAUCGAUGAAUACUGUAAGGCCCUGAUCCAGCUUCCCCCCUACAUCUCUCAAUGUGAUGAGGUGCUGCAGUUCUUUGAAACAAGACCUGAGGACCUGAAUCCCCCCAAAGAGGAACAUGUUGGGAAAAAGAAAUCUGGGGGCGACCUGACCUCGGUGGAUCCCAUGGUCCUGGAGCAGUAUGUAGUGGUGGCAGACUACCAGAAGCAGGAGAGCUCGGAGAUCAGCCUCAGCGUGGGGCAAGUGGUAGACAUCAUCGAGAAGAACGAGUCAGGUUGGUGGUUCGUCAGCACCGCUGAAGAGCAAGGCUGGGUCCCUGCAACCUGCCUCGAAGGACAGGAUGGUGUGCAGGAUGAGUUUUCCCUACAGCCUGAAGAAGAGGAGAAGUACAUAGUCAUCUACCCAUACACAGCUCGUGACCAAGAUGAAAUGAACCUGGAGAGAGGAGCUGUGGUGGAGGUCAUCCAGAAAAACCUGGAAGGCUGGUGGAAGAUCAGGUACCAGGGCAAAGAGGGCUGGGCCCCAGCCUCCUACCUAAAGAAGAGCAGCGGGGAGCCUUUACCCCCAAAGUUGGGCCCUGGCUCACCAGCCCAUGCGGGCGUCCUCGAGCUGGACGGCGUCUCCCGGCAGCAGAACUCGGUGGGCCGGGAGAAGGAGCUGCUCAACAACCAGAGGGAUGGCCGGUUUGAAGGCCGCCCGGCGCCCGACAGUGACGUCAAGCAGAGAUCACCCAAGAUGAGACAGAGACCCCCUCCUCGCCGAGAUAUGACCAUACCUCGAGGUCUGCCCAAGCCUCCCAUCCCACCCCAAGUGGAGGAAGAAUAUUACACCAUUGCUGAAUUCCAGACCACCAUUCCUGAUGGCAUCAGCUUCCAGGCAGGCCUGAAGGUCGAGGUGAUUGAGAAGAACUUGAGCGGCUGGUGGUACAUUCAGAUUGAAGAUAAGGAAGGAUGGGCCCCAGCGACUUUCAUCGAUAAGUAUAAGAAAACCAGCAACGCCUCAAGACCCAACUUUCUGGCUCCCUUGCCCAGUGAGGUGACGCAGCUCCGGUUGGGAGAUGCAGCAGCAAUGGAGAACUGCACGGGCAGUGAAGCCGUUGGCCCGUCCCGGCCCCUACCCGAUGCACCACAUGGGGCUGUGGACUCCGCCAUGCCAUGGUCCAAAGACUGGAAGGGUGGUAAGGAGGUCCCAAGGAAGGCAUCUUCAGACACAUCCUCGUGCGCAGGCUACGAGGAGAUCUCGGACCCCGACCCGGAGGAGAAGCCCAGCCUCCCUCCGCGGAAAGAAUCCAUCAUCAAGUCCGAAGGGGAGCUGCAGGAGCGACAGAGGAUGGAGCAGCUCAGAGGUUCUUCGCCCAAGCCUCCUGGCAUGAUCUUGCCAAUGAUCCCAACCAAACACACGCCUCCAGCCCGGGACAGCAGGAGACCAGAGCCCAAACCUGACAAAAGCAAGUUGUUCCAGCUGAAAAAUGAGAUGGGGCUGGAGUGUGGCCACAAAGUAUUGGCUAAGGAAGUGAAGAAGCCCAACCUCCGACCUGUCUCCAAAUCCAAAGCUGAUCCACCGGAGGAGAAGCCGGAAGCUGUUCCCCAGAAUCCCUUCUUAAAGUCCAAACCUCAGGUUAGGCCAAAACCAGCUCCUUCCCCCAGGACAGAGCCAUCUCAGGGCGAAGACCAAGUGGACAUCUGUAACCUCAGGAGCAAGCUCAGGCCUGCCAAGUCCCAAGAGAAACCCUCGUUGGACGGAGAGAGCAGCCCUCAGGCUGGGGGAGGCCAGGACGUGGCCAUCAGCCGUGGCUUCCUCCCAGGGGAGGGGCCUAGCCGCGCCCAGGACAGGACGAGCAAACAGGAUGGGCUCAGCCCAAAGGAGACGUCCUGCAGAGCCCCUCCAAGGCCGGCCAAGACCGCAGAUCCUGUGCCUAAGAAUGUGCCAGUCCCUCUCCAAGAGGCUUCCCAGCAGAGACCUGUGGUUCCUCCUCGGAGACCACCACCUCCCAAGAAAACCUCCUCGUCGUCCAGGCCCCUUCCAGAGGUCAGAGGGCCGCAGCGGGAGCCCAACGAAGGCAAGGCAGCUCCUGUCCCAGGCCGGGCCCUGCUUGUCCCCCCAAAAGCCAAACCUUUUCUCUCCAACUCCUCAGCGGGGCAGGAUGACAUGCGAGGCAAAGGUGGGCUGGGGCCACGGAUGAUGGGCAAGAUGGGAGAAAACAAGGAGAAAGUGGCUGCAGCCCCCUUCCCCAGUGCAGACGGCCCCAAGGACUUGUAUGUGGCCGUGGCCAACUUUGAAGGAGACGAAGGUACCAGCAGCUUCCAGGAGGGGACGGUGUUCGAGGUCCGGGAAAAGAACAGCAGCGGCUGGUGGUUCUGCCAGGUCCAAAGUGGGGCCCCCUCCUGGGAAGGGUGGAUUCCUUCCAACUAUCUCAGAAAGAAGCCCUAGCCUGCUCCCUUCCUGCCUGGAAGUCCUGCACGACGCUGCCGGCUUUACCUAAAUAUUUAAUAUGCCUCUUAAUUUAUCAUCCUCCAUGCAACUUCAAAGGAAGGAAGACUGGAAUACUGUGGUUUCUUCCCUUCUCUGGGUGGAGAGGGAUCCCUCCCAUCACAGCAUCCCCUGGAGGCUCAGAGGCCACACCCCUUUCUCUCUACUCAGCAUCCCCGCCUUAAGGCCAGUGGCAUUGCCACCCAGCCUCCCUGCCCACCCAACAGCUGGACCAUGACUCUCUGAGGCCUCUAGGACGGGAAUCCAUCAUCUGGAGAAACUACAGAAAGGGUCUCUUGUUGCUCGAAUCAGGCAGAGUAUGGGGAGCCCCCCGCCCCGACUCAGCACCCCACCCAGUUCAUUCAUGUCAAGCAACUUGAUUCACUCAGUUUCCAAAAUGCCUGGUCCCGGGAAGAACUUCAUCCUGUAGAAGUCAGCUCCGUUGCCAGUUCCAGGGAGGUGGUGUCUUCCCCGAGGCCUCAGGUCCAUGGGCCUCUCAGGUUCAAGCAGAUGCAGCUGCCCCAGGAGUGGGCCCAUGCAGCCACCCUGCCUCUCUUCUGUGCUGGGACCUUGAUCAGUUCUAAAGGAGUGCUUCCAGCUCCAAGCAUGCUCCACUUUCCUGCUGCAGGCUGUGGUCCAACCCAGGGCUUUUAAACAAGAAUCCCCAGCCCGCUUUUGGGGGGGGGCCUUUCACUUCUGCCUACCUAGAGCAAGAAUCUCAAGGUUUGUUUGAAUAAGGGGACCAUUCACAAGCCACGCCCCUUGGGAAACCUAGGGGCGUGGCCAAACCCCAAGUACAGUGCCAAACGCUGUACUUGGCACUGCUGAACCCUCACAGCAGCCCUCUCUGAUACUAUUAUACCUGUUUUAUAGAUGAGGAAACUCGGGUUCAAUGGGCCCAAGGGCACACUAGCUGGGAAGAGGAGGAAAGGGGAUUUGCAUCCAGGCUGGCCUGACUUCCAUGCCUGUGCCCUUCCCCUGUAAGAGGCAAACCAGGCGGGGAGAGGGAGAUGCCAACUGGCUGCCCUGGGGUAUGCAUGUGGGGGCCGGGUGGCUGCUCCCACACCCAACACCCCUCCAACCCAUUGUAGCAUCUACUGAAGGCUGCCCUGGUCCCCAUAUGGUUGCUCCACACGGCGGCUGCCCAGGGUCCCGGUGCUGCCACAGAGCCCUGUUUCCUGCUCCUGUGAUGGUGCCCACCCCAGGGGAUACAACUUGUGGAGCAAAGGGAGCCAAGGUGGUCUCACAUGCCAGCCUUGAGGGACCCUGGUGGCUCAAGGGCCAGCAGCUGAGUCUCCAGCAAACUGGGCAAAGUAGGCAGUAGUCCCAUAAGGAGAUGGGGACCCGAGGGCCAGGCAGAACCUCCUGUCUCUCUCUACUGCUGUUUCCUGCUCCUCUCUGGCACUCAAACAGUAGUUUUUUUUUUUUUUUUUUUCCAUGCACUCUCUCUCUCUGUGGUCUCACUGGAAGGAACCCAGGGCAGCCCUCGCACCCGUUUUGACUGAUGUGGUUCACUGAGUCACGUACAGACGCAGCUACACUGCAGAACGAGAAUCAGGACCCAGGCUUUCUGGCUUCCAGCCCAGAGCUCUUGCCUGGGGUCCAGGCUGCCUUGCGGGGGUACGAAUACAGCACCCUUCCUCAUCCCACCCUACUCUGCAGGGCAAGAGGAAGUGGCCCUCUGGCCCUGCCCCCAGAGAUCUCUGAUGCAGAGUAGUCAUCUGCUGCCAUUGUUUGGGGACCACAAGGGCAGCUUUCCCAGGGAUGCUCACCGUCCACCCGUAGUGCCAGAAUUUAUGUGCAAACAGCUCUCUUCCCCUCUCCGCUCCCCUA